AUGCCGUAUUCAGAAUCCUUGGGUAUUGGGAGAAGAUCUGCCCGAGCUCAAUCAGAAAUCUUGGAUUGGUCGGAGAGCUACGAGUUGCGCCUAAAGAACUUCCGGGGAACUUGCUUUGCCAUCUGGCUGAUGAUGAUGAUGACGCAAAGUAACCUAUUAACGACCCACAUCUCAGUGUCCUCGUUGCCAGUUUGGAAUCAGCAUCGAUGUCUUCGUCCAGUGUCUUGUCUGCCCUCGGGAUCGGCACGUCUGAUGGCCUAUCAUCAAGCGCACUUUCGACUUGCUUUCGUAGUUGGUCCGGUGGGCGAUCCCCAAUCGAGUGCCACAGCCCUCGAUGAUUCUGUAAUCUCACAAUCUAAGUUGGAUGGAGCAGACGUGGUUUUGGCAUAUUUGGCCGAAGAUCCUUCAUUUCAACAACCACCUGAGGCCUUGUUCCGAUCUUUAUCACUUGUGGCAAUAGACAAUACGAUCUCGGAAUGGAGCUUUGCCAAUCAUUUUUUUGGUCAGCUUUCUUCGGGAACUCAACAAGUGCCAGGUUCUGAGUCAACUCUGUUCCCAAAUACUAGUAGACUAGAUCUUGGCCCUGCUUCUGUCUCAGACAGCUCGACCCCAAUGAUCAGGAAAGGUAGUUUUCUUCCUAUCCCCCAAACUCAAGUGACCACUCUUGCUUUAUUCCCAGACAUUCACAAGCAGCUUGUUAACUAUGAAUGA